UUUCCUGCAACUGAGGAAGUUUCAGAGACUUGGUGUGUUGCGUUCUGAACUCACUCCUGAGUACUGAGGGAAGCUUAGGCCAAAUCUUAAGGUGCGACAUGGCGCGGAUAUGCACACCGCAUACGAAGAAUGCAGUGACCUAUGAGGAUGUGCAUGUGAACUUUUCUCGGGAAGAAUGGGCUUUGCUGGAUCCCUCCCAGAAGAGUCUCUAUGAAGAUGUGAUGCAAGAGACCUACAGCAACCUCAUUGCUAUUGGCUACUAUUGGGAAGACCAUAAUAAUGAAGAACAUUCUCAAAAUUCUAGAAGACAUGGAAGGCCUCUUCAAUGGGAAGAAAGUAUUUACACUGGAGAGAAAAACCAUGAAUUUGUGCAACAUAAUGAAGUGUUUUCAAGUCACAAUCAUCCUCAGAUACAUAAAAGAAUUCUUACUGGAGCCUUUGUAUAUUGGAGUCAUAAAAGAACACAUCCUGUAGAGAAGCCCUGUGAAUAUGAUCACUGUGGUAAAGCCUUUGUCCAUAAUAGCCAUCUUCAAAGACAUAAAAGAACACAUACUGGAGAGAAACGCCAUGAAUGUAACCAAUGUGGCAAAGCCUUUACAUGUAACAGCCAUCUUCAAAGACAUAAAUCGACACAUACUGGAGAAAAACCCUAUGAAUGUAACCAAUGUGGUAAAGGCUUUGCAAAUCACAUCGAUUUUCAAAACCAUAAAAGGGCACAUACUGUAAAGAAACCCUAUAAAUGUAACCAAUGUGGUAAAGCCUUUGCAUCUCACAGUAAACUUCAUAGACAUAAAAGUACACAUACUGGAGAGAAACGCUAUGAAUGUAACCAAUGUGGUAAAGCCUUUGCAUGUCACCUAUAUCUUCAAAACCAUAAAAGGACACAUACUGUAGAGAAACCCUAUGAAUGUAACCAAUGUGGCAAAGCCUUUGAUUAUAACUGCUAUCUUCAAAGACAUAAAUGGAUACAUACUGUGGAGAAACUCUAUGAAUGUAACCAAUGUGGUAAAGCCUUUGCUCUUCAAGGUCAUCUUCUAAGCCAUAAAAAGACACAUAUUGGAGAGAAACCCUAUGAAUGUAACCAAUGUGGUAAAGGCUUUGUAAGGAACAGCCAUCUUCAAACCCAUAAAAAGACACAUACUGGAGAGAAACCCUAUGAAUGUAACCAAUGUGGUAAAGGCUUUGUAAGGAACAGCCAUCUUCAAACCCAUAAAAAGACACAUACUGGAGAGAAACCCUAUGAAUGUAACCAAUGUGGUAAAGGCUUUGUAUGGAACAGCCAACUUCAAAACCAUAAAAAGACACAUACUGGAGAGAAACCCUAUGAAUGUAACCAAUGUGGUAACAGCUUUGCUCGUCACAGCUAUCUUCAAAACCAUAAAAGGACACAUAGUGGAGAGAAACCCUAUGAAUGUAAUCAGUGUGGUAAAGCCUUUGCAUGUCCCAGCAAUCUUUAUAGACAUAGAAGAACGCAUACUGGUGAGAAACCCUAUGAAUGUAACCAAUGUGGUAAAGGCUUUAUACAGAACAGGUAUCUUCAAAACCAUAAAAAGACACAUAAUGGAGAAAAACCCUAUGAAUGUAACCAAUGUGGUAACAGCUUUGCUCAUCACAGCAAUCUUCAAAACCAUAAAAGGACACAUAGUGGAAAGAAACCCUAUGAAUGUAAUCAGUGUGGUAAAGCCUUUGCAUGUCCCAGCAAGCUUUAUAGACAUAGAAGAACACAUACUGGUGAAAAACCCUAUGAAUGUAACCAAUGUGGUAAAGGCUUUGUACAGAACAUCCAUCUUCAAAAACAUAAAAGAACGCAUACCGGAGAGAGACCCUAUGAAUGUAACCAAUGUGGUAAAGGCUUUGCAGAGAAUAGCCAGCUUCAAAACCAUAAAAGAACACAUACUGGAGAGAGACCCUAUGAAUGUAACCAAUGUGGUAAAGGCUUUGUACGGAACAGCCAGCUUCAAAACCAUAAAAAAACACAUACAGGAGAGAGACCCUAUGAAUGUAGCCAAUGUGGUAAAUGCUUUGUACAGAACACCCAUCUUAAAAAACAUAAAAGGACACAUACUGGAGAAAAACCCUAUGAGUGUACACAAUGUGGUAAAGCCUUUGUAUAUAACAGCUAUCUUCAAAACCAUAAAAAGAUACAUAGUGGAGAGAAACCCUAUGAAUGUAACCAAUGUGGUAAAGGCUUUGCAUAUAACAGCUAUCUUCAAAACCAUAUAAAGACACAUACUGGAGAGAAACGCUAUGAAUGUAACCAAUGUGGCAAAGCCUUUGCAUAUAACAGCUAUCUUCAAAGACAUAAAUUGACACAUACUGGAGAAAAACCCUAUGAAUGUAACCAAUGUGGUAACAGCUUUGUUAGUCACAGCAAUCUUCAAAACCAUAAAAAGACACAUACUGGAGAGAAACCCUAUGAAUGUAACCAAUGUGGUAAAGGCUUUGCAUAUCACAGCAAUCUUAAAAACCAUAAAAGGACACAUACUGGAGAGAAACCCUAUGAAUGUAACCAAUGUGGUAAAGGCUUUGUACAGACCAGCCAUCUUCAAAACCAUAAAAGAACACAUACUGGAGAGAGACCCUAUGAAUGUAACCAAUGUGGUAAAGGCUUUGUACAGAACAGCCAGCUUCAAAACCAUAAAAAAACACAUACAGGAGAGAGACCCUAUGAAUGUAACCAAUGUGGUAAAGCCUUUUCAUGUAACAGCAAUCUUAAAAACCAUAAAAGGACACAUACUGGAGAGAAACCCUAUGAAUGUAACCAAUGUGGUAAGCGCUUUGUACAGAACGCCCAUCUUAAAAAACAUAAAAGGACACAUACUGGAGAGAAACCUUAGGCAUGUAACCACUGUGAUAAAGUCUUUGCAUCAAAUAGUACAUUUCAGAUACGUGAUUAAACUGGAGGGAAUUCCAGUACAUUGAUGCAUUUACACAUAGUAAUAAUCUUAAGUGUUAUAAAAGAACACAUACUGUAGAGAAAUCUUUAGCAAGAUCACCAAUGCUGGGAAGACUUUGCAUACUACUGUCAUUUUCAAAGGCAUGUAAAUCACAUACUCGAAAAAACACUAUGAAUAUGACUAAUAUGGUAAAUCUU